AUGCGUGAGAUCAUGAUUCAGAAUUUCGAGAAUCGUCAAAAGUAUCUUCGCGCAUUUUUCGCCGUCCGCCGUCACCCUGCCGGUCCGCGCGUUGACGAGCACGCAGCCCUCAAACGCCCCGUCGUAUGUGGAGAUGUACACCGUUCUCAGUUCCUUCUCAAACUUGUCCGCUGCCUCCGCCACGCCGUCGAGUAUCGGAGUUGUGACUUUGGCGAAUUUCUCCGGUCGCAGGGCUCCGACUGCCUCGGCGAGUUUAUCGAGCAUUUCGGGAAGUCUGCGGUCGAAACGUUUCCCCCUGCCGAUGUGCUCCAGCAACUCCUCUAG